AUGGCGACUCAAAGUCUUAACUACUGUUCACUGCCCAACUUUGUUGCUUUAUCUUCGCGUCUUCUCAUACUGGUAUCUUUAGUAUUGCUCCAAGUCAACGCUGUGGUGGCCUCGGAAGACAUCAACGAAUCGCUUGACAUUGAUGUCAACUUUACCAGUCCGAACUCCACACUUAACUGGACUCUGUUCGACGACAAUUCGACUUUAAUUAAGCCAAUCCACAUAAAGCACUACAAAUACUCCACCGCCUUCAGUAUUAUUCUCUCCAUUAUAUUCCUCAUAGUCAUAUCUGGGACCAUCAUCGGCAACAUUCUUGUUUGCGUCGCCGUGUGCUUAGUCAGAAAAUUGAGAAGACCCAGCAAUUACUUGAUCGUAUCGUUGGCAGUGAGCGAUCUGUGCGUAGCUAUCACAGUGAUGCCGAUAGCUAUGGUGUACGACAUAAUGGGAACAUGGCCUUUCGGACCUGUGAUCUGUGAUUUCUGGGUAUCGAGUGACGUUCUCUCGUGCGCUGCCAGUAUUCUCAACCUGUGCAUGAUAUCUGUUGACCGAUACUAUGCGAUCACGAAACCCUUGGAGUACGGUGUCAAGAGAACGCCUCGGAGAAUGUUUUUUUGUGUCUUCAUAGUCUGGAUGAGUGCCGCCUUCAUAUCGCUGCCGCCAGUUCUAAUUUUGGGCAAUGAGAAGACUGACACGUCAUGUUUGGUGUCCCAAAAUAAGGUGUAUCAGAUUUACGCGACGCUCGUUUCGUUUUACAUACCGCUCACGGUGAUGAUGGUUGUUUAUUACAAGAUAUUUAGCGCUGCUAGGAAGAUUGUGAAGGAUGAGAAGCGAGCGCAGUCGCAUCUUGAGACGCACUGCUAUCUUGAGAUCAAUGUCAAGAAUGGAGGGGCGGCUGAAGCGAGGUUACUUGGGUCGCAGGCGGCUCAACCAACUGCCAGAGGGUCUACUGCUAGCACAAAUACUACUAUCAGUGUAGAGAAAACAGAAAGCACUAUAGGGAGAUGCUUUAGCGGGCAGCGAAAGUCGAACGAGUCGCAGUGUCCGAUGCUGGGCCAAAAGACUCCCACAAAACCUAUCCACACCAUCAACCGCUCCACGUCCCAAGUGGGACAAACACCAGACAAUAAUAAACUCCAGGUCAAAGAGAGACGAAGACAGUCCUCAGAGAGCAGUAACAAGCUUACAGCGAACAGAAUUCGCUCGUCCCUCUCAAAUUUUGCUCAAAAAAGCCACAUUGCCAAAGACUUACUGCACACCACCCACUCGCCACACCAGAAGAAGCUGCGGUUCCAGCUCGCUAAAGAGCGAAAGGCGUCGACAACCCUCGGCAUUAUCAUGUCGGCUUUCGUCAUCUGCUGGUUUCCAUUCUUCGUGCUGGCCCUCAUAAGGCCGUUCCUCGAAGAAGGGGCCAUCCCAGACGCCAUCAGUGCGUUGUUCCUAUGGUUAGGUUACAUAAACAGUUUGCUUAACCCCAUUAUUUACGCGACUCUCAACAGAGACUUUAGGAAGCCGUUCCAAGAGAUUCUCUUCUUCAGGUGCUCUAAUUUAAAUCAUAUGAUGCGUGAGGAGUUCUACCACAGCCAGUACGGUGAUCCUGACCAGCACUACUGUGUGAAUAAUACUACCAAAGUGCAUAACUAUGACGAGGGUGUUGAAAUCGUGUCUGCCGUCGACCGAGAGGAGACCAGAGCCUCUGAGAGUUUUCUAUGAUUGUCAAUGCUUGAGGUCGACACCAAAGACCGCGAUACUGUGAUGUAAUUAAGACUUUAAUAUAAACCACGGUCUAACUGUGUUGAUUUUCACUUACGUUGUUGCAUAAGACGUUUCAAACCUAGUCGUUACUUAUUUAUAAAUAAUUAUUCCUCAGAGAUUUAGUCAGGUUGUUUUUAUUAAAAUAUAUAUAACGAUGUAUAAAUUAGGUAACUUUGGCAAGUGUAUAAAUUCAGGGAAGAUUUGAAGUAUUUCGAUGUGUUUUGGAAUGACCAAAGAAAUGUCUAACUUUAGUGAAGAUGUUUUAUAAUAUAGGCUGUUGUGAAUUUAGUAACUAUAGUAUUAAUUCCUAUUAUGUUGUUAUGUGAAGUGUAUAUUGACAUUGCAAAUAGAAGUCAGAAGUAUUUUAAUCCAUGUGAUAGUAGGUAAUAUGUAGAACUAAUUUACGUUUAGUGUCUCAAAUUUGAUUUUCAUUGCCAAUUGUUUUUCACGUAUAAAUAUUUAUUUUAGUUUGUUUAUCUUUAAAGUGUUAAUACGGUUGUCUAAAAGUAGUGUCAAAUUCAGAAAAUCUAUCUACUCCAAGGUACCCUUUGAUGUCGUACAGUAUUGUAGAUUGUUAUAAUUUGUGACGAUCUCAUUUAUAUGAAUCAUUAAGAUCAAAAUAUUGAACUGAACUUGGUUACAUUUUCUUCUUUGAUUAGUUUAUUGACAAUAGAGAUAUAAGAAUUGGAGUUUAAAAAAAAUAUAGUCCGAAAGGUAUUCUAUCUCUUGAUUUGACAUUACUUUCUGGGCCACCCUGUAUUUUAUAAAGUAUUAUAAGUCUAUAUUUUCAUGUAUUUAUUAGCAAUGUUAUAUAGUUUAUUUAUAUAAUUGGCUAUUAUAGGGUAAAUUUUGGUAUUGGUACUAAUCUUGUAAUUGUAUUUCAAAUAAAAUAUAAUUAUUUCACAAUUGGCACUGCCACAAAACGUAAAAAUAAGUUAAAAGUAUUUGUAUGACAUUAUUAUAUUGUCUAAAUAUUACAAUAUAUUUUGCAUAAUAUAUUCUAUUCACAACGCAUGUUUCAAAAAUGUGUAAAAAUACAUAAUUUCUAUAUAAACUACACAUCACUUCGGCAUAUCGCUUUUUAUUAAUUUCGUGUUUCAUAGAAACAAUAAAAUAUUUAAGUAUAAUACGUAAUUCUUUAGGUCGGUUGAUAUAUUGUUAAUUUAUGUACAUAGAAAAUAGAUAAAUAUUGAAUUGAAAGAUCAGAGUUCACUGUUAUAAAUUAUAUACUAGUUUUGCCUGCGGCUUCAACCGCGUCAAAAGUUGAAGAGAUCGCGGGACUGUUGUCAGUAUUAUCUUUUUAAUAAAACAAGUAACCUCUUUAAAAUAUUAAUAUGUAUCCUUUUCGUUAAAGAAUAGUUUUUGUACAACAUGAGAUAUGAAAUGACCUAAAUAUUAUAUUAAACAAUUAAUAUUAUUGACCGGCCUAACGAAACUUUCGCUUUAAGAUUUAUGAAUAUAAAAUAAAAUAACUAUGUCGGUGUUUGUAAAUAUUGUUAAUAGUGCACAAUUGACAUAAAUUAAUAAUAAGUUAAUAAUAAUUGUAGGUGAAAUAUGCAGACACCGUGUGGGGAAACUACGCUUGGAAAAAAAUAUUAAUUCGACAAAUUGAUGUUUAAUUGAAAUACUAAACUUUCUUUGAUGUAGUUUCUUUGCAUAGAUAAUAAUGUGGUUGUAUGUGGAUAUUAAUUGUUUAUGACCACGGAAUUUCGCUACAGUAUCUGUCUACUAAUGGACUAAUGGUACCAUGCCUUGACCUUUCCAUUUCUUGUGUCUAAUAAAAAUGGUACUUCGGAUUUGUAGAAUAGUACGAAAUUCAUUUAUGUAAGUACUAGCGGCCGCCUGCGACUCGUAUGGGUGAACCCCGUUUUACCCCCUUAGGGAUUGAGUUAUGCAAAAUCCCGUCUUAGUGAGCAUCUAGGUUCUAAAACCCCCAUGCAAUAUUUGAGACUUCUAGCACUUCUAGUUUCUGAGAUUUCGUGAUGAGUGAGUCAGUAAGUGACCUUUAGCUUUUAAUAGUACUAAAAAAACUUAUCAGAAAGAUUCGGGACUGUUCCCACCUCUCGUUCCAACUGCUGCAACUCCUGUGUAACCAGGAUCUACAGCUUGACCACCAAUAAAAACCCAACCAGUGAAGGUUAAACUUGUCCUAGGAGAAAUUUAUACUAUCAUUGCACAAAAUUAAUCAGAAGAACAUAGGAGAUACCGGGGAAAGAAGAGUGCCUGAAAAAUUAUAAUUUACAAACUUGUCUUUACAACCACAGGCAAUUUAUUGCUGUAAUUUAUAUUAAUAACCUAAUAGAACGUUAUACUAUAAAUACGAUAACUCUAUAAUAAAACGAUACCAGAGAAGAGACAUUACAUUUCUUUAAAAGUUAUUGAAAGUAAAAUAAUUUUCCGAAUAAACUCAGCCACCGAUUCGCAACACAUUGUAUAUUUAUGCUACAAUAGACACAAUGUAAAUGUUAUUUUAUUACUUUCAUUUAAGAUGCCUUUUCGAUUGAGGAUUAUAACUUCGCAAAUUGAACAGUAAGAGCAGUCCAAUUUGAAGAAAUGAAAAACUCGCGAACUUCGUAUGUCAGUUGAAUUAAUACCCUAAACAAUUUUAAGGUACCUUUCCAAUGAAAGAGGCAAAAUUUAAUGUUUGGAAAAAAAUCCUGGAUUUUCAGGCCCAAGGUAGAUUUCUGAAUAUUGGAGUAUAAGUAUUAAAUUUGUAAUUUUGGCCUACAAAAUGUUUAAUGCAUCUUCACCUUAAAGGCCCGCAACGUACCUGUAACGCCACUGGGACGGCGGGUGUCUAUGGGCGACGGUAAUCACUUACCAUCAGUACCUCUAGCAUUAACAACUUUCGUCUUCGAAUCGUUUGCGUAUUCGAUAAAAAUCGAUACUCAACCUUCAAAUUAAACGAUAACGUGACAAUUUUGAUUCUCAAAAUGAAUUUCGUGCAUCCAUUUCUUACACUAAGUUCACUUUACGACACGUUCACAAGGGCGCUGUUGUAGUUUUCGUACUAAAUCUUUUGAUGGCGAUUCGAGUACGCAAACGAUUUGAACUCGAAAGUUUUUCGUACUAGCUGUACAGGUGAUCCGUCUGCUCGUUUGCCUCCUGUCACAUAAAAAAGAUAUUAUUAGUGGCAAAUGUAACCUAACUGUAACUAUUUUUACAAAUCCGAAGUAUUUUAACCUAAGUAAGCAGUAAGCAUAAAUUAGUAAGUCAGAUAUUAGUAAAAUGUACUAAGAGCGAUAGUAUUGCUACCUUUAGAAUUAGUUUAAGCAUGAUUGACAGGGGAUUAAUCUAUCGAAUCGAUUUUUUUUUUUCACUGAAUUUGGAUAGUAUGACGUCAAAAUGAAAAAAAAACAUUAUGCAAUAUGUAUGUACCUUGAUUUUUAAAAAAAUCUAUGAAUUCACUGUAAUAAUUUUCAUUCGUUUUCAAACUCAUCCAAACUUUCACGAGCUUGUCCAAAUAUCUACUUACAGGAGUAUGUCAGCUACGUAGUUUCAACAACAUUACUACUAAAUUACCAACUUAAUAAUGAAGUUGGAACUUCGGAUGUUUAGAAUGGCAAGUAAAGUCCUUCAUAUUAUUAUUCUUGUUAUGACCAAUAAAUAAAACUUUUUAUAGCAUCGCUAUCGCUCUUACGCAGUGUACUGUAGCCCUAACCAUAACGUACUGAGUCUGUACAGAAAAACUUUUAACAAAUAAGUAG